AUGCCCCAGAUGACCAAAGACGCUCCUAAAAGGGUAGCAGUGAUCGGAGCAGGAAUCAGCGGAGUAUGCGCAGCAGCACAUCUUCUCAAGGCCGGCCUGGAAGUAGUCGUGUUCGAGCGGUCGGGUAUUGCGGGCGGAGUGUGGCAUUUCGACAAGCGGGUGGCUCAUGAUCCGUCGCCAUAUCCAAGCGAGAUCCCGUCGAGAGGUGACUAUGAGCCAAUUCCGGGGCUUGCAUAUAGUACCCCUCCGCCCGAAGACGAGAUUACCGACGAGCUGGAGAUCAUCCAUGCGCCGCCCGGGCCAUGUUAUGCGGGACUCAAGAAUAAUGUCUCGACGAGAGAGAUGAAAGUCAGCCUGGCGUCGUGGCCGCCGAGAACCGCGGAUUUUGUCACCCAAAACGUUCUGGAGGAGUACAUCCAGGGUAUCGCAGAGCAGCAUGGUGUUAAUGCGGUCACACACUAUCACACUCGUGUCGAGGAAGUGAGAAAACAUGAAGGCCGAUGGGCAGUGCGUACGACACGCUUGCAGCAGACAGCGACACCGGGCUGGCGACUGGUAGAGCGCCUUUGGGCUUUUGAUGCAGUCGUAGUGGCCUCAGGCCAUUACCACAUGCCUCGGAUACCAGACUAUCCUGGCCUCAGCGAGUGGAAACGUGCAUAUCCGGACAGAGUCUGGCACUCGAAGAGAUACCGGAGUCCUCAGAUAUGCAGGGAUCAGAAUUUGCUUUUGGUCGGAGCCGGGGUGUCGGCGGCGGAUAUUGCGAAGGAGUCCAUAGGAGUUGCCAGGCACAUAUAUCAGAGUGCUCGAGGUGGGCUUUUCGACCUCCCGGCAAGCUUUUUACCAGAAGGCGUCACCAGAGUAGGUGCCAUCAAAUCGUUCGAGCUGGAGGCAAGACAGUGUGGGUUACGGGACGACUCCUCCGAGCCCAUUGCCGGAAAGGUGGUUUUGCAGAACGGAGACACGCUGUCCGACAUCCACGCCGUCAUCCUCUGCACAGGUUACAUAACCUCGUAUCCCUUCCUACGGCACUUGCACCGCGACGACAUCUCUGCGCAGCAGGCAAAUCAGACGGUGCUCGUGACGGCAGAGGGGAACAUGAACCACAAUCUGCACAAGGACAUGUUCUACAUCGAGGAUCCGUCGCUUAUCUUUAUCGGAGCCCCGUACCACAUCGCAACGUUCUCGCUUUUCGAGUUCCAAGGUCAGGUCGCAGCAAGAGUAUUGAGUGGGAAAGCUCAACUGCCAAGCUAUGACGAGAUGCGCCGAGAGUACAACGAGAAAGUGAGGGCCAAGGGGUUAGGCAGGGAGUUCCACAGCCUCAAGGCGGCAGGGGCUGAAGAAGCAUAUGUAAAGGACCUCGUUGACUGGGUCAACGCGGAUGCUGAGCGUCUAGGUGUCAAGGACAAGAUGGUAGGACACACACCCGAAUGGCAUGUUGCGAAAAAAGACAGAGAAGCGCGAAUCAGGCUGAUCUUUGCAGCGAAAGAAGAAGAAAAGAUUGAUAGUGUCGAGGUAGUAGUUGGGUUGGGAGGCGAUGGAGGUGAGGGAGGUGAGGGAGGUGAGGGAGGCCUGGCGGGCGGGCGCUUGGAAUCGGGAAGCACAUAG